AUGAGUGAAGAGGAGGAGUCUGUGCAGAAAGCCCGAACCGGGUUCGAGGAUCUGUGCCGAGCUCUGAAUAUGGACGAAGAGGCGAGUACCGAGGCUUGGAGGACCUACGAGACCAUCAGCAGAACCUUCACCUUAGAGGUACCGACACCAGAACAGGGCCGGGGUUCUAGAACCUUCACCUUAGAGGUACCAGAACAGGUCCGGGGUUCGAGGGUUCUGUACAGUCCGCUGUGAACCUUCAGUCCUUUAAUCUUUAAUAUUCUGAGUUUAUUAUUAAACUACAGAGAUCAGAACAGAACCUCCUUUAUUGGACCGACAGUCCUGAUUACUGAUCAAUACUCUGACUUUAUCAUUAAACUAAUAUAAGAUCAAUACUCCUGUAUUAGACCUACAAAGAGGGAAAUUACCGUUAAUCAUCUAUAAUCAAUACAUCUAUAAGAUCAGAGGUUCUACAGUGGAUCUACUCAACCAGGUGAACUCUGGAUUACACCAGUAUAACCCUGUAGUAAACCAGUUUAACUCAGUAUUAAACCAGUUUAACUCUGUUUACACCAGUAUAACCCUGUAGUAAACCAGUUUAUUUUAGUAUUAAACCAGUUUAACUCUGGAUUACACCAGUAUAACCCUGUAGUAAACCAGUUUAACUCAGUAUUAAACCAGUUUAACUCUGUUUACACCAGUAUAACCCUGUAGUAAACCAGUUUAUUUUAGUAUUAAACCAGUUUAAGUCUGUAUUACACCAGUAUAACCCUGUAGUUAACCAGUUUAACUCAGUAUUAAACCAGUUUAACUCUGGAUUACACCAGUUUAACUCAGUAUUAAACCAGUUUAUUUUAGUAUUAAACCAGGUUAACUCUGGAUUACACCAGUAUAACCCUGUAGUUAACCAGUUUAUUCCACAACUGCACCAGUUUAACUCAGUAUUAAACCAGUUUAACUCUGUUUACACCAGUAUAACCCUGUAGUAAACCAGUUUAUUUUAGUAUUAAACCAGUUUAACUCAUUUUUAAACUGGUUUUGUACUAAGUUAUGUCACUCAGUAUUACACCAGUAUAACCCUGUAGUAAACCAGUUUAACUCUGUUUACACCAGUAUAACCCUGUAGUAAACCAGUUUAUCCCACAAUUGCACCAGUUUAACUCAGUAUUAAACCAGUUUAACUCAUUUUUAAACUGGUUUUGUACUAAGUUAUGUCACUCAGUUUUACACCAGUAUAGCCCAGUAUGAAACCAGUAUAACUCAGAGUUAAACCAGUAUAACUCAGAGUUAAACCAGUUUAACUCAGAGUUAAACCAGUAUAACUCACUUUCUGGGGUUUAAAGUUUUACUGGUCUGUGUUUGGACCCUGGAGGACUGACAUAGAGACCUCUGUUUCUCUCCCCUCUUUAUUUCCUCACCCCCCUCUCUCUCUCUCUCUCUCUCUCUCUCUCCCUCUCUCUCCCUCUCUCUCUCUCUCUCUCUCUCUCUCUCUCUCUCUCUCUCUCUCUCUCUCUCUCUCUCUCUCUCUCCCUCUCUCUCUCUCUCUCUCUCUCUCUCUCUCUCUCUCUCUCUCCCUCUCUCUCUCUCUCUCUCUCUCUCUCUCUCUCUCUCUCUCUCUCUCUCUCUCUCUCUCUCUCUCUCUCUCUCUCCCUCUCCCCCCCCCGUACUGGUUUCCAGGGUAACGAGCGUCACUGGUUGGCCUGCUCCCUGUACGUGGCGUGCCGGUCCUCCUCGGUGCCCACGGUGGGGAAAGGAACCAGUGAGGGGAACUACGUCUCUCUGACCAGAAUCCUGCGCUGUUCUGAGAUGAGGUGGGUGGGUUAAAGCGGUCCGGACCGCCCUGACGGUGGUCUGUGUUUGUGGUUCUGAUGACCCGGUCUCAUGUUGUCCCGUCUGUCCUCCUGCAGUCUGAUCGAGUUCUUCAGUAAGAUGAAGAAGUGGCAGGACAUGGCCAACCUUCCCGCUGAUUUCCGUCAGAGCACCGACAAACUGGAGCGGAACUUCACCGUGACCGCCGUCCUCUUCAAGAAGUUCGUCCCCAUCUUUAAAGCCAUCUUUAAGGCGCCGUCCGAGGAGCCGCCGCGCGUCCACCGCAGCCGCAAACAGAGGUGAGGAGGACGGGAGGAGGGAGGAGAUCUGAGAGGUCAGGAGCUCUUCUGUGAAGGUCUGACCUUUGCCCUCUCUGUCCUGCAGACGUCACCCGUGCACCGUCACCGAGGUCUUCAACUUCUGCUGGGUUCUGUUUGUCCACGCCAAAGGUAAAGAUCGGCGUCUGCGCUCCUGUUUCCCAGCCUCCCUCAGGUGAUGUUUGGGCAGGUCCAGACUCGUCCACCUCAGCUGGACUUCUGAGCUCCAUGGAGACGGUUCCUUAGUGACUCUGUUUACCCGUCAACUCAGCAGGUUCCUGUAGGCCCGCCUCCACAGAGCGGCGGUUCCUCUGGAGCUCCUCUCUUCUCCUCCUUCAGAUUCAGGAGCUCUUUCUCUCUUAAAGGGAUAUUUCAGAGUUUUUGAACCUAAAUAUUACGAGGAUGUGUGUUAGCUCCGCCCCUUUACUGAGGAACCGCAGAGAGAACCAGAACCAAGACUAGACUUCAGGGCAGACCCUCUUCCCCGUGUUCGGACUUUGAAAUCCUCCUCUUCUUCUUUCUCCUCCAGGGAACUUCCCGAUGAUCAGUGACGACCUGGUGAACUCGUACCACCUGCUGCUGUGCGCCCUCGACCUCGUCCUCACCAACGCUCUGCUGUGUAACGCCAGGAAAGACCUGCUGAACCCCGAAUUCAAAGGUACCCGCCACGGCGUGCACACAGACACUGAACCUUCUGAUGCUCCUCUGAGCGAGAAGGUCUCAUUUCUAAAUGUUCUGAUGAAGACAGAGUGAGGGUCACAGGAGCUGAAGGAACCUCAGACCAUGACAUGAACUUUGGUGAAAAAGUCUGAAACACGAUGGAGCGAAGGACGGAGGAAGAGUGUUUAUCAGAGAGGAGGAGAAAAAAACACACAAACAUAAAUCAGAGAGUCAGAGAGUCUGAGCGAGCGAGCAUUAUCAGGAGCAGACUGUCAUCCUGUGUACACCUGCUGUUUCCUCUGACACACACACACACACACGCACACACACACACACACACACACACACACACACACACACACACACACACAGGACAUUGAUUGUUCUGCUGAGAGAGGAAGUCGCUCCUUCAGCCUCGACAUCAAAAUUUACACCGACGUUUUAAUUCUGGUAAGAAUCCAAACUGCAGCGCCGACUUUAAAGGGAGAUUCCACCGUUUUUAAAGGGAGAUUCUGGCGUUAAAUUAGUUUAUGGUCAAACCCACCGUUUUUAAAGGUCUGAGGAGCCAUAAACAAACCUCAACCAAAACGCCACUCUAUAGCCACAAAUAAUGCUCAGAACAGCACCUAACUUCAUCAACAGGACAUAUAGGGUCACAGACAUAGUACUAUAUUCAGAGUUGUUCUAACUCCUAAGAAAACAUAAACUUAAGCGGGGGCCUUUCUCCGCGUCUGUAGUCUAUAAGCUGGGCCAAUAAACUUCUACUGUAGUAAAAUGAAAAAGGUAAAGGUGUUUUUAUUAAACCGAAUUAUCAAUAAAAUCAUGAUUUUGUUAACAGGUAUGGAUUUAUGUGCUGUCGAGUUAAUAUAUUUGAACAGGAGCACAGUAAAGUUAAAUCAGCUAAUUUUCCAAUGAGGUUUUGUUACUGAACGGAACUACACCAUGUUCUACUGAGGUUAGUACAUAUAGGGUCACAGACAUAGUACUAGACACCAAACGUCUUUUUAACUUUGACUCAUUUCUUUAGCAAAGAGACUAAACACAACUCACCUACUCUCUUCCAGCAGACGCUUGUUUGUAGAGAGACCUCAGGCCAGUCCAUUACAGACUACAGCGGGGUGCCGCAGCUCAAGGAAGAACAUUUAUGAUCAUUUCUUCAUGGAAAUACAAUCAGACCGAGACGCUAAGACAGAAGAACUACAGCGUCUGUAAAAUGAUCAAUAUGGUGAUUAUUACUUCAAGGAAAUGAUAAAGAAAUGAUCAUAAAUGUUCUUCCUAAAUGUCGACAACAUUCAUCUCUGGAGGGGCGGGGUCUAACUCGGUGUUACGGUGGGUUUGACACUAAAUUAGUUUUACUCCAGAAUGUCCCUUUAAAGGAGUCUCCUGUCUGUAAUAUUCCCCCUGGUGGAUGGAGACAGUCACUCAGUCAAAGUUGUGUUUUUUGUCCCUGACAGGUUCAGGUAGUUCAGGGUGGGGUGGGGGUGUCCCUGCUGGUCUCCUGUGGUUGUAUCAGGACUCUGUAAUCCUCUAUGGUCUCUGUGUUUUCACCCUCUCUGUCGUGUCCUGCAGGUCUCCCUGAAGACUUCAGCUGCAGAGACUUCAGGCCGUCCUCAGGUCCCCUCUGCUUCAUCAAGCAGCUCUGUGAACUUCAUGACGGUCUGGUCCUGGAGGCCAAAGGAGUCAAGGAGCACUUCUGGAAACCCUUCAUCAAGAAACUCUUCCAUAAGAAGGUUUCAACCUUUCUUUGCUCUGAGGGCCUCAGGUCCUGAACUUCAUCAGACUGGACUCUGUCUGCUCUGGUCCAUAAAUCUGACCCGCCUCUGGUUUCUCUCUCAGAUCCUCAGAGGAAAAGAAGACGGUCUGAGUGGUUUUCUGGACCCCAUGAACUUCACCGACAGUUUGUGAGUGUGGUCUUCAUACUGACCCUCAUGGAUCAGACAGGAGCUCAGUCAGGACCUGUAGUUCCGUUCAGUAACAGAACCUCAUUGGAAAAUUAUCUGAUUUAACUUUACUGUGCUCUUGUUCAAAUAUAUUAACUCGACAGCACAUAAAUCCAUACCUGUUAACAAAAUCAUGAUUUUAUUGAUAAUUCGGCUCAAUAAAAACACCUUUACCUUAUUGGCCCAGCUUAUAGACUACAGAAGUGGAGAAACGCCCCGCUUAAGUUUAUGUUUUCUUAGGAGUUAGAACAACUCUGAAUAUAGUACUAUGUCUGUGACCCUAUAUGUCCUGUUG